UUAUUCACUUGUCCUGAUCCGAAACUCUCAAAUACGCAUCGAUUCCUUUUGCAGCUCUCCACGUUCGACUAUCUUGACUCCGUUGGAGGCUUGGGGGCACAAAUGACCGAUUCAUCUUGCCUUUUUCCACCUGUAUCCGCUUCCACUGACGGUUUUCUCUCCGGCGAAGUGGGAGGAGGCGGCCCGAGGAACUUUUCAGCUUCCCAGAUACUUACAGCCUAUCGCAAAGAGCCGGUUUAA